CUGUGAUUUCAUUUUUGCAGGACUCUAACCAGGAAACUGCAAGCACACCUUUAAUCUCUCCAGCAAAAUGCCAAGCCAGCUUGAGAGUGCAAUGGAUGCACUGAUGACAGUUUUCUACAAUUACUCGGGGAACGAUGGAGAUAAAUACAAGCUCAACAAGGGCGAGCUGAAGGAACUCUUGAACAGUGAGCUCACUGACUUCCUCACGUCUCAGAAAGAUCCCAUGCUGGUGGAGAAAAUCAUGAAUGACCUGGACUCUAACAAGGACAACGAGGUGGAUUUCAAUGAGUUUGUUGUGUUGGUGGCAGCUCUGACUGUUGCCUGCAAUGACUUCUUCCAAGAGCAACAGAAGAAAAAGAAAUAGGUGUCCAAAAAACCCCAAUGUCCAUCCACAUUUUAAGCUGAAGCUGAAUUGUGUCGUAGUUUUCCCAGAACAUAGGAUUGUCAUUUGUAGAUGUAAACGUAACAAUUUACAGACUGGAGCUGUUAAACCAUUUUUACAAAUAAUUUUAUUUUUUUGUUACAUAUAUAUAACUAGAAAAGCCCUUUCCUUAAGCCCUCCAUGGUGUUGUUAUUGUUGGGUUUUUUGUGUAUGGAAGUGUUUCAUCCAAACCUUUGUGCAUAAAUGUGUAACUGCUUUUCUUUUAGUUUAGUCUGCAAAAGAAAGAAUAGAAUAACUUACUGUUGAUUCAUUCAGAGGCAUUUUCCUUAAAAACGAUAAUGUGGUCAUCUAAAAACCUUUCCUAAAUCCUUACAAGAUUUUGUUCCAACAGAUGUCCCAGUUGACUCUCCCACUUGCUCAGUUUUAAAGGUCAUAUGUUUAUUUAAUAUCUUGAUGAUGCAAUGAAUGGUUUCGCAUUUGCUCUUAGCCUCCAUUCCCUAAGGGGAAAUACCUUUUCCUGGUACAAAGUUAGAGUCGUAGAAAAAUACCCAGGCCCACAGUGAUUUAGCCAAGUGUUCCCCUGUGACAGUAAUAAAUGUCUCACUGCGAUAUGCCAUGUGUGGUAUUUUGUGCACUUUUGAACAAGAUUUGACUUCGGCAUCAAACUUACUAAAGAUUCUUGGAGACAUCAUGUUAAAUGUAAAUGCACUUAAUAAAUGUAAAUCUAUCCUGUGUGACUUAUUUUGUGCUGAUCC